AUGGAUGAUGCAAAUACCACUGUAGGUGCAAGUAAUGUGGGAUCAAAGAAAAGACAAAAAAAUAGGACUAAACGGCAGGAAAAUAAAUUAAAGAGAACUCGGGCUUCUGCCCCUGGUGUUAAGUCAUUCAAAAAACCAUGUUUACACAAGGGCCCUACAUAUUGUUGUUCAGAAAUAAAUCUUGGAGAUGUGCAAGAUAUAAGAACUUCUUUUAACGCCACUAAUGCUAAGAUUCAACAAGAUAUCAAAUUAUGCCAUUUUUUGUCUGCUACUGCUGUCGACCGUAAACGAUCCAUCAAGAACCAACCUAGAAAACGAGAGUUUACACACUUUAGGUUUAGGACUGGUACCGAACAAUAUUCAACACUAACAAAAUCAAGCUCCCGAGGGACACUCCACUCAGACUUAAAAGAAAGGUCAUUAGCAGAUCGAAGGGGCAUACCCGAGAAAAAGAAAAAAUCUUUGGAAAAUUUAUUGAGUAAGCAAUUUGGAAAAGAUUGGAAGAAUGACAAAGACUUGGCUUGGUACAAUGAUUUACUAGGUAGGCAAGGAAUCAAUAUAGAAGAUGAGACAUCAGAUUCUGAGCCAUGCGAUUGCCUUGCAGAAGAUAUAUAUGCAGUGCAUAUUUAG